AUGGCCCGAAUGAAGCUAAAGUUACGGGAGAAGCUCUCGUCGAAACAUCAGGGGGCGUCUAGCACUACAUGUACUGGCUCUUCCGAUUCUUGCUUUACGGGACGCCGUUUUGGCUGGAAAUUCCUAUUGGCGGCCGUGGUCAUCUCUUCGACCUUUGUGUCCAUGAUCAAUCGUCCCCUGAAAAUACCCGUCAUUCGAUACACUCCCAAUGGUGUCAAACGCCAAAAAAAGAAGAAGAAAAAAGCCACCAAACAAAAGAAUUGUGCCCAAAAUGAUGGCGUCGUUAUUGCCAAUUUACACGGUCGUUUAGCCAACAAUUUGUUUCAAGUGGCACUGGCGCAUCGGUUAUCCGAAGAUAUCUGCUGGCCCAUUAUUUUCAAGGAAGGGUGGCAGGGUGUCUUUUUGUACGAUCUCCCCAAUGCCCACGAAUGUUUCCCGAAUGCGCUUCAAGGCAACACUCGAUCGCCCGAGACUGCGACCAUUGGACCCCGUGAAUUGGAGUGGUUCCGGUACAUGCGGAUAUCGGAACUGACCAAUUCCCAUUGGCCCGACAACAAUCUGCAACAUUUUUACGAAAUGCUACCCCAUCGAGACAAUGGGGGUAUGUACGACAAGUGGCUGCAAGUGACUCGCGACGAAGGAACCUCCUUGUCCUUGAACAGUAAAUGGGAAUUUGAUUACAACGCACCCGGCGGGUGGGCAGAGUACUUGGUGGAUGCCUUGCGACAUCCGGGCAACAAGACGUUUAUCAAAAACAAGCUUCAAGAAGUCAAAACCAUCCAACCGUACAGUGGUGUACGGACGGUCCACUUGAAUGCGUUUUACGUGCAUUAUGGAUGGAUGGAACCUCACAUGGAUCUCAUACGACGCGUCCUUCAAAUGAAUGUUGGUAAAUGCUGUCAUCACAUACCGCCCGACAAUGCCAUUGUGAUUCAUAUUCGAAACUUUCAAUAUUUCGAACAGCUGGAUCUGGGGUUCAAGAACAGCGUUUAUGUGGAACUAUUGGAUCGAAUCUUCUUUAGCCAGCAGCAGCAAAACGACAAAGUCUUAUGGAUUGUUUGUCAACCCGACGAUGUGGGGAUUGCACUGGUCAAGGAGCUACAACAGCGUUACAAUGGGACCAUUAUCACUGGCAAGGACCCAAUCGAUGCCUUUUGCACCAUCAGUCAAGCGCGAAAAGUGGUGCUUUCACCGUGUAGCACCUUUUCUCAAAUGGCUGCACUCUUGUCGCCCCAUUUCAAGAAGGGUCAAGAAGUGCAUUACUUGCUCGAGCAAAGAAAUGAACCCAAAGUCACGCUCGUAGUCCCAGAUUGGCGAUACCAUUUGGUAGAUGACAAAAGCAAGGCGUCGAUUCUAGAGUGGGACGUCAAUACCAGCACCAUUCGACCAGACAUGUCGUAA